AUGAACUGCGCCUUCCUGUUUUAUGGCAAGCCCUGCAGCGGGAAGGACACCUUCAUAAAUUUACUCCUACAGGAGAGAGAACAGUUGCAGUUGUUCCUUUACCUUUUUAAACAUUUGGUCCACAAGCAUGACUCCUAUGUGUGUACAAAGGAAAAGAUAUUUUUUAUCCAACUGAUAAAAUAUUAUUAUCGUAUUGGCAACCCGAAGAGGAAGGUUUCAAUAUGUUGGGCUCAUGGGGGGGAGACUGAUCAAACUGUGUCUUUCCUUUUUUUGGUCCAACUAACAAGGCAUCUUCUUCGCAUUUGGAGGAGCUCUGCGUGGGACCCGGGUGCAGGCUUUAAAAAGGCAAACAAUGGACAGGCAAAGGAACAACUCCUCCCACGUGGUGUUCCCCCAAGAGGAGCCACACGUCAACUUUACCGAACCCUACGCAAAGCCCCCCAAAGGAAUCCUCUAAAGAGAACUAAGGUGCUCCACCAGUCAAGCACCUUCCCCCUCAUUUGCUACUUGUACAGAAGGAAAGACGAAUGGAUGCGUCAUUAUCAUUCUUACCUGAACAGAAAUAAAAUAAAAAUUUUUUACAUCUCAUCAGAUUAUAUUGAAAAGCAAUUAUACCAUGGACACCCACCUCAAGUGACCUCCUUAUGUCCAUCGACAGUGGGUGAAGGAGAACUUCAUUUGUUAUUGAAUAGAAGAUACACCGUGUAUGGAAGGCAGAAACAUUACAGGGGUGUCUACUACCCUGUAGUAAAAAGGACGACAAUAAAGGGGGGGCAUAGUAUGAUCAUCAGGGGGGACAGCGAUAAAAAAGCAAAAGGAAUGAACAGAGCAAAAAAACCGACUUGUGCUAAUCAACUUAAGUACUGGAGAGUGGCAAGACGUAUUGCCUACUCCUACUGUGCAUCCUUAAUGCGGGGGAGAAAUCAGCGGUGUAGUAACAGCUCGAGAGGGGGAAUGGAUGGGCAUGUCUUUAUCCUCCUCAACGAUACAUUCCACCUACCCUCCAUGAGGAAGAAGUACUACCUUUUGUGCAGGAGGUACCACUUCAAAUACGCGCAGAUUUACCUAAAGGCGCCCCUCAACAUAUGUUUACAACGAAACCGACGCAGAAAAAAAUUCAAACCCAUAGCAGACAAGACUAUUGUGCGCAACCACUUUUAUCACCAGAAAUAUGCUGUGCGGUUUAGGGGGGCCUGUCAAGCGAGAUCACCGAACCAGGUUAAUGUCGUACGUGGGGGUAGGAAGUGGCAGAAGAAGGUUUUGUCCAUUCAAGUGGACUCCGCAGCUCCGCAAAAGGUUUGCCGUCUUACAGACACACUGCGACUCAUCUAUAGCCAUUUUGAUGAAUUCAGAAAUGAAGACAAAGGGAAAGCAUCUCACAAAGUGAAGGAAGUAAAGCGGGAUAAUCUUCCAAACCGCCUGGAUCUGUUAAAUCUAAUGAUUAACAAAAUAAUUCACGAGAAGUUAAAGUCCCUCCCGAAUGAACGCAAGAAUGAAUGUGCCAAGAAAUUCCGCGUAAUUAAACUGAAGCUCUUAAAAGAAUGCAGGGAUGGUAAGGAUUAUUUCGUGGAGGACCUCAACGAUAUGUUUAACGUGGGGUAG